CGUUAAUCUCAUGAAAUGAAAUCAAAGGAAUGAAAAACUAAAUAAUCUAAUCGUAAGCUUCAGAAUCUCGUUUUCUCAGGGGCACAGUUCUCUCUAAGCUACAUUCUGGUACGAUUAGGGUUCCAUUUUGGGUAGUGUCCUCGCCGAUAGUUUUUCAUUGUUCACGAACCCAUCAAGGAAUAAAGCUAAAAUGUGAGAUGGACCGAACAAGAGCGAGGAGCCCCAUUUAUAUCAGACAAAGCAGCACAUCAAACAGCACAGACUCAUCUUCUCCUGCAAUGUCCCCUGCUUAUCGUCAUGUGCGUUCGGGAUCCACUGGUCUCCCUAACUUCAAGAGAUCACAGAACUAUGCUGCUAAAGCUGCAGCCCAAAGACUCAGGCAAGUCAUGGAUUAUCAACCAGCUGAAAGUGAUGGAGAAGAUGAUGACCUCUCCUUUGAUUUCAAUCUCUCGGCCCAGUCUGGAGGUAGUAUGGGUGUUUUGGCUGGAAGGGGAAUGCAAUCGCCAUCUCCUGUGUUAGGUCGGAACCAUGUAGAACAAGUUCCAGCCGCUCGCCCAACAAGUGCUGGUCGGCCGUCUAUAUCAGUUAAGCCACCAUCUCCAUUGGUACCAGUUAGCAGACCAUUGCUGAAACCACAAGCUCCUGUGCCGCCAUCGGAGACACCUUCAGCUAGAUGGGAGAAAAGGCAUUCGGUAGAUUUUGGAAAUAUGAUUUCAAAAACAACUGGCAAUCAGCAAGAGGCAUCUGCUCUCCAAGAUGAGCUUGACAUGGUGCAGGAAGAAAAUGAAAGUAUUCUUAACAAGCUUCGAAUUGCAGAGGAGAGGUGCGAGGCAGCAGAAGCCAGAGCCAGGCAGCUUGAGAAACAGGUUGCUACUCUUGCGGAAGGGGUAUCCCUAGAAGCUCGUUUGCUAAGCAGAAAGGAGGCAGCCUUGCAGCAAAGAGAGGCUGCUCUGAGGGCUCAAACACAAACAAAGAAUCCUAGAAAUGAAGAGAUUCAAAUGCUUAGACAGCAAGCAGCAGCUGCAAGAGAAGGGGCACUAUCUGUUGAAGAACAUAUGCAGGAAACCGAGUCUGAAGUGAAAUCUCUCUGUUUAAUGGCACAAAGAAUGAUUUUAAAUCAAGAAGAAAUGGAAGAGGUAGUCCUGAAAAGGUGUUGGCUUGCUCGGUAUUGGAGUCUAUCGGUUCGACAUGGCAUUCAUGCAGAUAUUGCCGGGCCAAAACAUGAGUAUUGGUCAUCACUGGCUCCUCUGCCUUUUGAAGUUGUCAUAGCUGCUGGACAGAGAGCUAAGGAUGAACCUUGGAAAGAUGAUGAUUUAGAGAGAAGGGCUGAAAUUUCUCGGGAUAUAAAUGAUCUUAUGGGGGAGGGAAACAUUGAGAACAUGCUUUUAGUGGAAAAGGGAAUGCGUGAACUUGCUUCUCUAAAGGUAGAGGAUGCUGUAGUACUUGCAACGAGUCAGCAUCGUCGUCCAAGCUUGGUUAGGGUUGGUCAAUCAAUCUCAGAUCAGAAGCUGCCUAUUGAUGGUCAGAAUCUUGUGGAAGCUUUUGAGCUGAGCCAAGAGGAAUAUGAAGAUGUCCUUUUUAAGCAGGCUUGGCUUACAUAUUUCUGGAAAAGAGCGAAGAACCAUGGUUUGGAGGAAGACAUUGCAGAUGAGCGGUUACAGUUCUGGAUCAGCCAUAGCACUCAGACCCCUACAUCUCAUGAUGUAGUAGAUGUGGAGCGAGGACUGAUCGAGUUGAGGAAACUAAGCAUUGAAACCCAGCUUUGGGAGGCAUCUCGCAAAGAUAUCAACCCAGAAUCUCCAAAUCUAAAGCAAAAUGGCUAGACCGAGUAAACUGUGCAUUUUAGUUGAAGAUUAUCAUUUUAUUGUUCUUUCUCUAAGUUCUUUUCCAUGAUGUCCAUCCCAUUCAUUCUAAUCUUAUAUUUAUUUUUUAUUUUUUGUUUGUUUAUCUAAAUAAGAGCCAUAUCUUAUGGCCAAGGCAGUGUCCCCCUGUUAAUCAUCAUUAACAAAGUUUACCCAGACGCGGUCAUGUGUACCUCGCCUACCAUCACAUUCCAAUGGUGGAAUUAUUCUUUGAUUAUUUUGAACAAUAUGAAUGUGCUAGUUCAUGUGUUAGUUGUUAGCUAAUGGCCGGGGGGUUGUAUGGUAUGAGACUAUUUAUUUCAUUUAUUUUUGUAUUAAGAAUGUCAAAAUACUUUUUAGCCAUUGGAUGUGAAAUUCAAUGUGACAAUAGGUCUA